AUGGAACCGCUCCAGCUGAACCUGCAGGGCUACCAAAACGGGGACUUGGAUCCCAGUUGCCUCUUCGAUGUGCAGAGCGGCGGCCAGAUGCGGAGAACGUCUCUGAAGUUGCAGCAUCCGGCGGUGGACGAGAAGGGCCACUGCGCCCGAGAAGCGGAAGAAAUAGAGCGACUCCCGGUUCUGGAGGCCGCCUACGGCACCAUCCUACAGGGUUUGGGCGAGAACCCGGGUAGGCAAGGGCUGUUGCUGACGCCUCGGAGGGCGGCUAAAGCCAUGCAGUUUCUCACCAAGGGCUACUACGAAUCCGUCGAAGAGAUACUCAAUGAUGCUGUCUUUGAUGAAGAUCAUGAUGAGAUGGUUAUCGUAAAAGGCAUUGAUAUGUUUUCUCUUUGUGAACAUCACUUGGUUCCUUUCUUUGGCAAGGUACACAUUGGAUAUUUACCAAGGAAGAAAGUAGUUGGAUUAAGUAAACUUGCAAGAAUUGUUGAAAUGUUUAGCCGAAGGCUCCAAGUCCAGGAGCGACUUACAAAACAGAUUGCUUUAGCAAUUACUGAAGUUCUGAAACCUGUUGGAGUGGCUGUGGUGAUAGAAGCUUCACACAUGUGCAUGAUCAUGAGGGGGGUUCAGAAAAUGAGCAGCACAACAGUCACUAGCACUAUGCUCGGCAUCCUCCGAGAAGAUUCAAAAACAAGGGAGGAAUUUCUUGCCUUGAUCAAGAAUUAA